AUGAAUUGGAGUGUUGAGGAAUCUGAGGCUGUUGCAAGUCGGAUAGAGCAUGAAUAUUUUGUACACUUGUUGGUUGACAAUUUGCCUGUAGCAACUAGGGUCAUUAAUAGUGACACCUCUGAAAGAAAUAUAGAACAGGGGUAUAGACUUGGUUUCAUGUCAAAAGGAAAAGCAUUUAUCAAUAACCAUUUAAAACUACUACUCAAGUAUCACAAGCAUAGUCAAGAUUCAUAUAGAGUUGUUGGAUUUGAAGUGGAAACCUACUCUAUAGACAAAGAUGAACUAACAUUUAUUGAUGACAGUUCCUGCCAAUUACCUUCACAUGCAAAAUCUCAGUUGGUCAAUGAAGAUACAGGAACAAAAUUAUAUUUUACCUAUUCUGUCGAAUGGGGAGAGUCUGAAAUUGGUUGGGCUUCAAGAUGGGACAUUUAUUUGGGGAUGAAAGAUGUUCAAAUACAUUGGUUUUCCAUAGUAAAUUCUAUUGUUGUCUUAUUCUUUUUAUCAGGUAUAUUAACAAUGAUUAUGGUGCGAACAUUGAGAAGAGACAUAGCACGAUAUAAUUCUGAUGAAAGUAUAGAUGAUAUGAUAGAAGAAACUGGUUGGAAAUUAGUUCAUGGUGAUGUUUUCAGACCACCUCCAAAGCGAAUGCUUUUUGCAGCUGUGAUAGGAAGUGGAAUACAAGUAUUUUUGAUAAAAGUCCCAGAACAAGUUUGGUAUAUGAAUAUAUUCAUCUGUAUUUUAAUGGCGGGUAUACUUCCAUUUGGCGCCGUUUUUAUAGAGCUAUUUUUUAUUUUCAAUGCUCUAUGGGAAAAUCAAUUUUAUUAUCUCUUUGGAUUUCUAUUUCUAGUGUUUUGCAUUUUGGUAAUAUCUGUAUCCCAAAUUUCAAUAGUGAUGGUUUAUUUUCAACUUUGUGGAGAGGAUUAUCAUUGGUGGUGGAAGAGUUUCAUUGUUUCUGGCGGGUCAGCUGUAUACAUUUUAAUCUACUCCGUCUUUUAUUUCUUUACGAAACUGGAAAUCACAGAGUUUAUUCCAACUUUACUUUAUAUUGGUUAUACAGGACUUAUGGUAUUAUCAUUUUGGUUGCUAACUGGCACCAUAGGAUUUUUUGCAGCUUACACCUUUAUUAGAAAGAUUUAUGCUGCUGUAAAAAUUGAU